UGACCGCAAUCCCGCGUCCAUUUUAAUGCGUACUUACUCAAUAACAAGACGUAGUUACAAGAUGUUCCUCUUUUGGUUAACUUUAACUAUUUUAUUCAGAAAUGCGUUAUGUGAUGAGAAAGAUGGCGGCGUCGCGCCCAGGGUACUCCUGAACGAUGGGAACACCAUACCGUCGCUUGGUCUCGGAACAUUCCUUGGUUUCGACGAAAACGGCCAAAAAGCAGUUAAGGACGGCGAGGUUGAACGUCCAGUAACAUGGGCUCUUCAAAGUGGAUACAGAAUGUUGGACACAGCGGCCGCGUAUUUAAACGAGGAACAAAUAGGGAAUGCAAUACGCAAGUCGUCGAUACCCAGGGAAAACAUUUUUGUCGUCACCAAGUUAGCGUCCAACAAACAAAGAGAUGUCGUGUCUGCCAUCAAGGAAUCGCUGUCACGUCUGAAUCUAACUUACGUGGAUUUAUACCUAAUACACAAUCCUGUCGCUUUCAAGCCAGACCAUAGUGGAUUCGACGUCAUAGACUAUUUAGACACGUGGAAGGGAAUGGAAGAGACGCAACGUUUAGGUCUAACCAAGUCUAUAGGUCUGUCUAACUUCAAUAUCAGUCAGAUUGAAAGGGUUCUAGCCAAUUGUGUGAUAAAGCCAUCUGUUUUACAGGUGGAGGUCAAUCUAAAUCUAGCUCAAAAUAAAUUAAUAGACUUCUGCAAAGCACAUAACAUUGCGGUUAUGGCAUACACACCGUUCGGUGCGCUGUUCGAUGCCGGCGACGUACCGCCACCGCCGCGGGUCAACGACCCCAUACUUAUCAAAAUGGCGGACAGAUACAAUAAAACAACACCGCAAAUUGUUUUGAGAUAUUUGGUCCAAAGAGGUGUUAUACCUAUACCCAAAUCAGUAAAUAAGGAACGGAUCGAACAAAACAUUGACGUGUUUGACUUCGCAUUGACUGCUGAAGAUAUGGAGACAUUAGGCAAAUUCAACAAGGAUUAUCGCACUGUACAUCCUAGCUUUUGGCAGGAACACCCGUAUUACCCAUUUGAGAAGGUCGACAAGCCCGCACCAGACUUGUUCAAGCCGAAAAAUUGAUUUUACUAUACACAAGCUUAUAUAAAUCUUUACAAAGGUGGCGCCACUGUACCACAACAUAAUUAACAGACAGCAGAAUAUAGUCAUUAAAAAUAUAUAGGCAAAAAGUCACUUAAAUAUUGGUAGUUAUUAAUUUAUUCCCAAUUAAAAAAGGCAAAGGAACUAAACCAUACAGCCUGAUCUUUAGAGAGCGAGUU